AUGGCUGCAUUUACUGCGCUUCAGUACUUGCCAGUACCGGUUCUUGUCUUAUCUGCCCAGAAGACCGUAGUGCUUGCAAACGAGGCCAUGGGUCGCCUUUUUGGUAUUGACUUGGAAGGUGAUCAUGAUCUUUCAAUAGCGGAAGCGUUGCAGGACAAGACUAUGGGUGAUCUUGGUGUAGAUAUUCUACAGAACGGCUCUCCAAUUCUGAUCACAUGGGAGAGCUUUCUGGAUUGCGUAAUCGACGACUCAAUAGCAAGCAGCUUAGACGAAGAUGGAGAUUCUCAUAUGGGCAGCGGCCACACCACACCGACCGCAGCGACCAUGCCAUCUCUAGGAGAACCCCAGUCAACAAAACCAUUGCCGCGCCUGAGCAGUACAAACCUUGCGCGAACAAUGCAGCCAGAAUUUCCACCUCGAGGCCCUCCUACUAGGGGCAAGGCCGACAUUGCGAAUUCAGCCUCUAUAUUCCAAAAGGCAACACAACUCAAGGAUGCUAUCCUGAACUCUAUUACCAUGCCCGCAUACGCAAUGUGGAAAGACCAAAGCUUCGGGAUUCCAAACAAAGCCCUCCUGCGGCUACUUUCGAAAGAUUCCACCUAUGCGCCCGGAGACCAGCUAGAUUUUCUCAGCCAGUUCAACUGUUGGACCGAAGAUUUCCAGCGCCUUCUCAACCUCGAUGAGUUCCCCAUUAUUGAGGUCUGCCGUACACGAGAGAGAGUCGGAGGACGGCGCAUCGGUAUGCGGCAUCCGCUUACAGGUACUCGGAUUGUGUAUGAGAUCAACGGCGAGCCUGUAUUCCACGAAGAAACUGGGGAUUUCCUUGGUGGUAUAGUGAUCUUCAAGGAUAUCACCGAGUAUACCAAGCAAAUUGCCGCCCAGAUUGAAGAGAACGAGAAGCAGUUUGAAUACAUUGCAAACUUCAUGCCGGUCAUGGUAUGGACAACUACGCCUGAUGGGCUUCACGACUGGUUCUCUCAACGGUGGUAUGACUACACAGGGUUGACAGUCGAUCAAUCAAUAGGCGAAGGUUGGCGCCUACCGUUCCAUCCAGAUGACAUGGCAGCGACCGCUCAACGUUGGUUCCACUCUCUCAAGACAGGCGAAGAAUACAACACAGAAUACAGAUGCCAGCGCUAUGAUGGAGAGUGGCGCUGGAUGUUAGGACGAGCUUUGCCCUUUUACGACGACUCCGGACGCAUAGUCAAGUGGUUCGGCACAUGCACCGAUAUCCACGAUCUUGUCUUGGCUCGUCAAGAGGCUCGUCAAACAAGAGAGCAAUUGCAGCAGGUCAUCCAGCACGCGAAAAUUGUCCUCUGGGUUAUUGAUCGCAACAAUGAGGUCAAGGUCCUGGAAGGCGAUAUGGCCGCUACCGAACGAACCAACAAGGAAAAAUUGGUUGGAAAAAAUGUUUUCGAUGUCUUUGAGUUGCCCAGCAAUGAUCGAGCGCGAUGGCAUGGACCUAUUCAGGAGAUCCUACAGGGAAAACAAUCAGCUGAGAUCGUGAACGGGAGAUACAUGUCGGAAGCUCGCUACUACCGGACCCGUCUAGUACCGCUCAUGAGCACUUCCAGGACUGCAGGCGUCGACGGCAAUACUUUUGUGAAUGGUGUGAUCGGUGUUUCUAUGGAUAUAACCGAGCUGCGAGAAAGAGAAGAACAACUCAAGGAGCAAGAGAAGGAGAAUUCGAGGCUCCUGGCCAACGAAGCGGCAGCGAAAGAAGCAAGUCGGAUGAAGUCGCAGUUCUUGGCUAACAUGUCACACGAGAUCCGAACACCUAUCGCUGGCGUAAUUGGCAUGUCUGAACUCCUCUUCGAUAUGAACCUGGACGAGGAACAGAAAGAAUGUGCCGAGAACAUUCAUCGAAGCGCCAACAGUCUCUUGACGGUAAUCAACGACAUUCUGGACUUUUCGAAAGUUGAGUCAGGACGGCUUGACGUUGAGGAGGUGCAGUUCAGUCUCAGCGUCGUCCUCCGAGACGUGAACAAGAUGAUGUCUUUUGCUGCACAGAGGAAGGGUCUGGAUUACCAGAGUUCCAUACAAGAUGAGGUUGGGGCAGACCUGCGCGUAAUGGGAGAUCCAGGCAGAUUACGGCAAAUUCUCACCAAUGUGCUAACCAACAGCAUCAAGUUCACCUCGGUGGGUACUGUAAGACUUGCCGUCUCCAUCAGCCAAGAAUCAAAAGAUAUGGUCACGGUCAACUUCAACGUUGAGGACACUGGGAUUGGUAUAGAAGAGGAGGUCCGCAAGCGACUAUUCCAGCCCUUUAGUCAGGCAGAUUCGUCCACGGCUCGACGAUUCGGCGGAACUGGCCUGGGUCUAACCAUCAGCAAGAACCUUGUUGAGCUCAUGAAAGGUCAGAUAUGGCUGGACUCGAAGCUGGGGCAGGGUACUACUGCUACUUUCUGGAUACCAUUUACUCGCGCACCCUCGCAAGAUGGAGAAUCACCCUUGGUUCAUCUAGAGUCAAUUCCGGAUCGACUUCAGAGCGACAUGUCAGUCUCAUGUGGCAGCUCGGAAGGCCAUACACCGCCGUUGACACCGCAACUUCCUAAUGGGAACUCAUCAUACCCGUUGCUCAAAUCAGCAAUUCCGGAUCAUCUGAUGAGCCUUCCCGACAAUGAAAGGCAGGAGAUUCACGUUCUCGUUGUCGAGGACAAUCACAUCAACCAGCAAAUCGCGCUCAAGACGAUCAAGAAGCUUCACUUCUCGGUCAAUGCAGUGUGGAACGGCCAAGAAGCUUUGGAGUAUCUAAUGCAGGAGUUCGGCCCUUCGCACCCACGCCCGGAUAUCAUCCUGAUGGACGUUCAAAUGCCUAUUCGAGACGGUUACUCCGCUACCCACGCAAUCAGGACAGAAUCGCCGUGGCGCAAUAUGCCCGAAAUUCGAGGUGUUCCGAUCGUAGCCAUGACGGCUAGCGCGAUUCAGGGCGACAAGGAGAAGUGUGUAUCGUGUGGUAUGGAUGAUUAUCUCGCCAAGCCAGUCAAAGGGAAGCUGCUGGAGAAGAUGCUUGUGAAGUGGGCACUCGAAGGCCGGCGAAAGACGGCAAAAAGCAAACCGCCCACAAACGGCAAUGAUCGACAUGGCGUCGCAACCCCAAGCUCCAAGGUGGGCUCUAGGGCAAAAGAUCACCCGCGAACGGCAGACUUGUCGGUUGAAUCUGAAACAACGGCGCAGGCAUUGACCGCUGAACUUGACCGCCUCCACUAUCAGAGCGAUGCAGCAUUCACAAGGUCCAACGAGAACGAGGGUGAGAGGGCCAUGCGGCGUAUUCACGCUGAGGAAAGAGACACGAAAUUGCGCGACGAAAAACUGCUUUCGUUAGUCGGGCCACAGCUCAUCCGUCACAACAGCUCUCAGGGGCCACACAACGAACCAUCGAUGCCUCUGACCGAGGCAAACAUUGAGAAAUUGGCCCAUGAACAAGAAACAGACUCUCUCACAACAAAGAAGCCCGGUUCUCUGGAUGAGGCCGACUCGAAUAGGGCAAACAAUGCUCAUACUGCACCACUUGCUCGAAAGGUCAAGUCAGUCUGCAAGAAAGAAGUCAUGCAGAUACGCUUAGACACUCAACCACAGUACCGGAAACUUUUCUGA